AUGUAUCACCCUGAAAUCACAGAGGAAAAUCACACACAAAAGUCCAUUACACAACAUUGUGUAUCCUGUGAAAAUCCCCGGGGUGUUGGAAUAGACGCUGUAUAUAUACGCCAAUACGUACGUGCUGGUUAUUACGGCUUCGCUGAAUUCUGGAUUUCUAGUUCGUCUGGUUACACCGAUAUACGUACGAAACUCAAUUCUCACAUUUUGGCGUUGCGAUUGGAACAAUUCACCACGCCUGCCGAAAGGAAACCAUUAGGUGUUAAUUUCACUGCGCGAGAUAUAGAGGAUUAUUUGGAACGGUUCGACAUAUGGUGUCUCACAAAAUCUGAUACGGAUGAUAAGAAACUCACGGUAUAUUUCCUACAUUUCGUUCGCAAGGAGGCGUAUACGUUGAUCAAGAAUUUAGUACAUCCUGAAUAUCCAACCGGUAUUUCCUACACUGCAUUGAGGAAAAAAGUCCUUCAACACUUCAAACCUACUAAUUUCGUAGCAGCCGAAAGAGCUAGGUUCAAUGUGUCGACCCGCUCCCAUCCUCAGUCGGUUCGUAAUUUCGUAUUGCAGCUGCAGACACAGGCAGCCAAAUGUGACUACGGUGCCCAACUGGAAGACCAGCAGCGUGAUAGACUCAUUGCUGGCCUUCAGCUGCCCGAAUUACAGCAGAGGCUGCUACUCUGUCCGGAUCAGAAAUUUCAAAAUAUUCGGAAAAUAUGUGAGCAGUAUGAAGAUGUGAAGCAUGUAACGAAGUCUGAGGAGGCGGUGGUGUUGAGGUAUUCUAAAAGAAAUAAUUCAAGGAUGCAGACGAACAACAAAUCCAAACCUCCAACAAAUUCUCGUGCCCCAAAUCCAUUAACACAUCACUUCACAGAUCCUGACCCUAAUCCGAUGGCUCGAAAAUUUGGGAAAUGCGAGUCUUGUGGACGAAACCAUUCCAGAUAUUCAUGCCCCCACAGACGAGCGAAGUGUUUUAUCUGCGGUAAAACGGGACACAUUCAACUUGUCUGUAAGUCCAAAAAAGUGUGUCACUUGACUUUUGACCCAAAUACUGACGUGAAGGCAUUAUCUGAAGAUAUUUCUACUCUUUCUCUGUCUGUUUUGUCCCAAAAUUCGUCACAUCUAACUGCAUUCUACCCCAGUGCCGUGAUAGUGCCUACAGAUGUUGACAUUCGCGGUAUCACUGGACAUUCUGUACCUCUAUUGCACGAUACCUGUGAGGUUACCCCAAGGUACCUCUAUCGAUUGUAUUUUUUUGGUUUCAACGUCGGGACCGUCGAUUAUUGGAUUCAAAGUUAUGCGCUCACUGCAAACAGUAUCACCUUACUGACUUCUGUGAAUGAGAAUGAACUCAAACAACUGAUUCUGAAAUGUUCUAAUGCUACAGGUGGCAUGCAAAUACCCAGGAGACUAAUUAUUCCAUUUGGCUUACGCGAGCCUGCUCUUCAAGCGUUUCAACGAGUUCAUGCUGACUACUGUGGUCGUUUUCUCGGUAAAUGCUAUGCAUUAAUUCUUAUUGACCUAUAUUCACGUUGGCCUCAAGUUUUUCUAACUAAGUCUCCAAGUGCCGAAUUCACUCAGCAAUCAUUGAGGAAAGUGUUCAGUCUUGAAUGUGUACCAACUGUUUCGGUCACUGACAACGGCACACACUUCACUGCAAAAUUCCUCGAGGAAUGGUUGAAAGGUCUUGGUUAUCGAGAUCUGUUUACUGUUCCGCGACGUCUCCAGUCGAAAGGAAUUGCUGAGAAUUUUGUCCGAACACUGAAGUCCGCCAUUAUUUCACUUUCUCCUACUACUUUUGUGGAGUUGGACCGUGGGACUGAUAAUUUUCUAAUGCAAUACAGGAACGCCGUUCAUUCCGUUACUGGAAAGAGUCCCUCGCUUCUAUUAAAAUCUCGUUCGUUGCGUACAAGUCGUGACUGUGUCAAAGCGACUGAUGUUACAUUUUUCAGGGGUAAUGAUUUACCACCUGCUACAGGAAUAGUACUUUCAUCAACUGGCAAACGAAUGGUCACAAUUCUCGAUUUGGAUGAUCUCUGUUAUCAUCGGAGACACAUUGACCAGGUUGAGUUCAAUACCAAAGGUCAGUCUGUUAACGGCAAUCCUGCUGUUUCAAAUACUAAUGAGUCCUUCAUGACCUUAUGGUAUCCGAACACAACGUAUUUGAAGAACACAGUCUGUGAAGAGUCUGAAGUUUCCAUUCCGAGAAGAUCCGAAGGUUUGAGAUCAAGACCACCACUGCACUAUAAACAUCCACACGCUCAUUCAAGGUGUGGCGGAUGUGAUGAACAUGACUGA